CCCCCAGCUUUGGCUUUCAGGGUUUACACAGGCAGAGGCACACCGCGCCUGCGCUCAGGGCUCUGAGCGCUUCAGCCUGGCUUGGGUUCCCAAGGACCCUGGAAGCCAGCCCCGAUACCUCCAUCACUGACCAUGGCCAGCCAGUCGUGCCCCUCUCUCGCACCACUAUUCUCCCAGCUGAAACCUUUGAAUUCACAUUGUGGAGACAUCCAGGUGGGAAUCUGUGUGGUGAUCGAGCGCAGCGACAAGAGGAUCCAUCUGGCUGUGGUCACCGAAAUCAACAGAGAAAAUUCGUGGGUCACAGUAGAAUGGGUGGAGAAAGGAGUGAAAAAAGGUAAGAAGAUUAAUCUGGAGAACAUCUUGCUGCUGAACCCAGCUCUGGCCUCUGCUGAACAUCCCAAGCCGCUAAAACCACUGCCCCCUUUGUGUCUGGCACCCUCUCCAGCCAUCGGGGACCAGUGGGCAACCCCACAGAGGACUGCUAUGGCCCCCCAGAAAAGUGAAACACCCUCAGGGGACAGCCCGGCUGUGGGAGUCCCCAGCCAUCCUUGCCUCAUGAGGCAGAGAAAAUCUUCUUGCCUGCGCGAAAUCGAGAGACUGCAGAAGCAGCGAGAGAGGCGCAGGCAGCUGCAGCUGCAGAUUCGAGCGAGACGUGCCCUCGACGUGAGUGCGGGACACCCCAACCUCGAGGUCAUGCGCAUGAUCGAAGAGUGUCGCAAGGGUCUGGACAGCAGCAAGAUUCCCAUGCCUGGCCUGGAGCCCCCUGAACACCACCGGAUCUGCGUCUGCGUGAGGAAGAGGCCGCUCAACGAGCGGGAGAUCGUCAUGAAGGACCUGGACAUCAUCACUAUCCUCUCGGAAAACAUGGUCAUGGUGCACGAGUCCAAGCAAAAGUUGGACCUUACUCGCUACCUGGAGAACCAGACCUUCUGUUUCGACCGUGCUUUUGACGACACCGCCUCCAACGAGUUAGUGUACCAGUUCACCGCCCAGCCGCUGGUGGAGUCCAUCUUCCACAAGGGCAUGGCCACCUGCUUUGCCUACGGACAGACCGGCAGUGGGAAGACACACACCAUGGGCGGAGCCUUUUCAGGAAGGGUCCAAGAUUGUUCUAAAGGCAUCUAUGCCCUGGUGGCUCAGGACGUCUUUCUCUUGCUCAAAAACUCCACUUAUGAGACCCUAGACCUCAAAGUCUAUGGGACCUUUUUUGAGAUUUACGGCGGCAAAGUGUAUGACUUGCUGAACUGGAAGAAGAAGCUGCAAAUUCUUGAGGAUGGCCAUCAGCAAGUCCAAGUGGUAGGGCUGCGGGAACAAGAAGUGUGUUGUACCGAAGAAGUGAUGAACCUGGUGGAACUGGGCAACAGCUGCCGGACUUCCGGACAGACAUCUGUUAAUGUUCACUCAUCGCGGAGCCACGCGGUGUUCCAGAUCAUCUUGAAGUCCAGAGGGAAACUGCACGGCAAGUUUUCCCUCAUAGACUUAGCUGGGAAUGAAAGGGGAGCGGAUACGGCCAAGGCCAACCGGAAGAGGCAGCUAGAAGGGGCCGAGAUUAACAAGAGUCUCCUUGCCCUCAAAGAAUGUAUCAGAGCAUUGGGUCAGAAUAAAUCUCACACCCCGUUCAGAGCCAGCAAACUCACACAAGUGCUCCGGGAUUCCUUCAUAGGUCAGAACUCCUCCACUUGCAUGAUUGCUACUAUCUCACCAGGGAUGACCUCUUGUGAAAACACCCUCAACACUUUAAGAUAUGCAAACAGAGUAAAAGAAUUAGCUCCAGAUGUAAGGCACUACCAUCUAGAAAAGAACAUUAAGAAUUCACAACUGUCUCUUCAGGGGGAUGAACUUAUGAAAAUACCUUAUACACAGAGAGAUGAGGAGAAACCCGGUGAAGAAACUGAAAUAUCAUCCUCCCCACUAGUGAAGGAAUGGACCACCUGGAAGGGCUCUAGCGAGUGGUGGGAGAACGUCCAGGAGACGGCCGAAGGGGUAAACUACGAUGUAGAACAUUGCAUUGCCCACUCAUUGUCUAUUUUGGAGCAGAAAAUUGAUGUUCUGAGUGAGAUCCAAAAGAAACUGAAAACAUUACGAGCUGAUCUCCAGAAGAACAAGGCAGAGUGAAACCAACAGCAAGAGAUUGGGACCGGAACUAUGCAUAGCACUGAAGGUUCUACCUCUCUUAUGUAAGAAACUUUGCCCAAAUUGUCUAAUCAUAAAGAUCCUCCUGGAGAGCUUACAGCAUCUUAAAAUAUGCUGCCUAGAA